AUGGCUCAGCUCACACCAGUCCACUUCUUUUCCCAUGGGUCAACCAUGAUGCUUGGAGAGGAAUCCGAAGCAGCAGAUUACUGGAAGAAAGCUGGUGAUCAGGCAUUGGCCAACAAGAUCAAGGGUGUUGUCAUGAUGGGAGCCCAUUGGGAUGCUCUCGGGGAUCGAAUCGAAGUCGCUACGAACCCUCAGCCUGGAAAAUCUCCUGUCGCAUACGUCCACCCUUCAAAAUACGUCGACUACAAGCUUAACCCCGACCUGGAGACGGCCGAGCGAUGCAUCUCGCUGCUUUCGAAGGCGGGAUUUGAUGUCUCUGGAAACCCGACCUUCGAGUGGAUCCAUGAUACGUAUCUUAUCUUGAUCCGCAUGUUUCCCAACGGCUGUCCGCCCACUACUCUCAUCUCCAUGAACGGUCGCUUCGACCCGCACUACCAUAUGAAAGUCGGCCAAGCACUGCGAUGUUUGAGGAGUGAAGGAUAUCUCAUCAUCGGAUCCGGUGGAGCCGUACACAAUCUCUACCGCAACAUCUGGGGUCCGAUGGUCAAGUAUACGGACAAUUUCGGGCAAGAAACGCCUCCGGAGCCGUGGGCCUUGGAGUUUCGACAAGCAGUCGAGGAUGCGAUUAAGAACAAUACGGGGCCUCAUCUCCGACGCGCAAUGACGCGACUGAUGAAGCACCCGCUCUACAGAGAUGCGCAUGCGACAGAUGAUCACUUCAUGGCUGCGGUGUUUGUCGCUGGUGCUGUUGGCGACGAAGAGGAUGAGGGAGUGUAUGGGGAGCUCAAGGCGGAGACAUGGGAGUUGACAAACAUGUGUAAUAGCCAAUUCACGUUUGGGAGUUGGCCAAGGACAGUUGCAACCGCAUAG